AUGUCGCAGGCUCCCGAGGUUCGCACCUUCCUGCUUCUUGGGAUCGCCCUGGGAUUCUUCGGGAUGCCAGGCUGCUCAGGAGCUCCGGGCAAGGUGGCCUACCAGCUGCUGCACCGGCUCUUUGCCAAUUACUCCAGCGCUUUGCGGCCGGCAGAGGACACAGAGCGAGCACUCAACGUCACCCUUCAGGUCACCCUCUCCCAGAUCAUAGACAUGGAUGAGAGGAACCAAAUCUUGACCGCUUACCUGUGGAUCCGGCAGGUGUGGGUGGAUGCUUACCUAAGCUGGGACAAGGAAGACUACGGUGGCAUUGACAGCAUCCAGAUCCCCAGCAGCUACGUGUGGAGACCUGACAUCGUCCUUUACAACAAUGCCGACGAGCAGUUCACCAGCUCCAUGGAGACCAACGUGGUGAUCCGCUGUGACGGGCGGAUCAGGUGGGACUCGCCGGCCAUCACCAAGAGCUCCUGCAAGGUGGACGUCUCCUAUUUCCCCUUCGAUGGGCAGCAGUGCCCCCUGACCUUCGGCUCCUGGACCUACAACGGCAACCAGAUCGACCUGCUCAGCAUGCAGGAGACGGGAGACCUGACGGACUUCGUGGAGAACGUGGAGUGGGAGGUUCUGGGGAUGCCGGCCAAGAGGAAUGUCAUCACGUACGGCUGCUGCUCGGAACCCUAUCCGGAUGUCACCUACAUGCUGCUGCUCAGGCGGAGGGCCUCCUUCUACGUCUUCAACCUUCUGCUGCCCUGCAUCAUGAUCUCCUUCCUGGCCCCACUGGGCUUCUACCUUCCGGCAGACUCGGGCGAGAAGGUGUCCCUGGGGGUGACCGUUCUCCUGGCCCUCACCGUCUUCCAACUCCUGGUGGCCGAAAGCAUGCCGCCCUCCGAGAACGUGCCCCUGAUUGGGAAGUACUACAUCGCCACCAUGACGAUGAUCACGGCCUCCACCGCCUUGACCAUCUUCAUCAUGAACAUCCACCACUGUGGCCCCGGGGCCCGGCCCGUCCCCCGGUGGGCCCGCAAGUUUAUUCUGCGGUACAUGGCCCGCAUCUUCUUCGUCUACGAAGUCGGGGACAGCUGCAAGAGCACCCCACAAGAGCCGGACCCACUCCCCCAAGAGGCGGAGCCUGAGGAACAGCCCCCUUGCCCCCGAAGGACCUGCUGGUGCCACCAGGAGGGUGUCCUGUGGAACGUCGAGUACAUCGCCAACUGCUUCCGAGAGCAGAAGGCCGCUUCCAGACGGACGGGGGAGUGGAAGAAGGUGGCCAAGGUGAUGGACCGUUUCUUCAUGUGGACCUUCUUUGCUAUGGUGGCCAUCAUGAGUGUCCUGGUCGUGGGCCAAGCUGUGUGA